UCCACGCCCCUAUAUGUCGUGUAGCCCGGGCCGAGCUCAGCUCCUCCAGGAAGACACAUAACGGACCAGGCAGCAGUCGCCAAGACGUCAUGCCCCACCAGCCCGUCUCCUUGGACCAGACACAGACCCCCCUCUUACACCCUUCAUGAGGUUCGGGAGGUGGAACUGGAGACCCAGGCUGAUCGAUCCACUGAGCGGCCCCAACGAGACGCAGACCUGUCCAACGCCUAAUGACAUUCAGCACGAUACUGCUGCCCACUGCAUCCACCAGAGGGGCGCUAUGAUUCCCGUAACGGAAUUCCGACAGUUCUCGGAGCAGCAGCCGGCGUUCCGCGUUCUGAAGCCCUGGUGGGACGUGUUCACGGACUACCUCUCCGUCGUCAUGCUCAUGAUCGGAGUGUUCGGCUGCACGCUACAGGUCAUGCAGGAUAAGAUCAUCUGCCUGCCGCAGAGGACCGCGGCCUCCAACCAGACGGCAGCGCUGCCCAACCGGACGGAGCCGGAGGACGUGUCCCUGCUGGCCUACCAGGAGAUGACGGGGCUGAAGACAGACCUGGACCUGCAGCAGUACAGCUUCAUCAACCAGAUGUGCUACGAGAAGGCGCUGCAUUGGUACGCCAAGUAUUUCCCCUACCUGGUGCUCAUCCACACGGUCAUCUUCAUGGUCUGCAGCAACUUCUGGUUCAAGUUUCCCGGGUCCAGCUCCAAGAUAGAACACUUCAUCUCCAUCCUGGGGAAGUGCUUCGACUCCCCGUGGACCACCAGAGCCCUGUCCGAGGUGUCCGGUGAGAACCCGGAGGAGAAGGACCACCAGAAGCUGAGCGCCAGCCGCUGCAGCAUCAGUGUGGCUCCGGAGGAGAAGGUCACCCUGGAGAAGACCCAGUCCCUGCGCUCCAUCCCCGAGAAGAUCGUGGUGGACAAGCCCACCGCCAGCGCCAUGGACAAGAAGGAGGGCGAGCAGGCCAAGGCGCUCUUCGAGAAGGUCAAGAAGUUCCGUUUGCACGUGGAGGAGGGGGACAUCCUGUACAUCAUGUACGUCCGCCAGACCGUGGUUAAGGUCUUCAAGUUCCUCCUCAUCCUGGCCUACAACAGCAUCCUGGUGUCGGAGGUCCAGAUCACGGUCAAGUGCCACGUGGACAUCCAAGAUAUGACGGGCUACGAAGACUUCUCCUGCAACCACACCAUGGCCCACCUGUUCUCCAAGCUGUCCUACUGCUACCUGUGCUUCGUGGCCGUCUACGGCCUGACCAGCCUCUACACCUCCUACUGGCUCUUCUACCGCUCCCUCAAGGAGUACUCCUUCGAGUACGUGCGCCAAGAGACGGGCAUCGACGACAUCCCCGACGUCAAGAACGACUUCGCCUUCAUGCUGCACAUGAUCGACCAGUACGACCCGCUGUACUCCAAGCGCUUCGCCGUGUUCCUGUCGGAGGUGAGCGAGAACAAGCUGAAGCAGCUCAACCUCAACCACGAGUGGACGGCGGAGAAGCUGCGCCAGCGGCUGGUGACCAACGCCCACAACCGUCUGGAGCUGCAGCUCUUCAUGCUCUCCGGUUUGCCGGACACCAUCUUCGAGGUGACCGAGCUGCAGUCGCUCAAGCUGGAGAUCCUCUACAACGUCACCAUGCCCGCCUCGGUCUCCAAGCUGGAGGACCUCCAGGAACUGUCGCUAUACCAGUGCUGCCUGAAGCUGCACACCACCGCCACCUCCUUCCUCAAGGAGAACCUCAAGGUGCUCCGGGUGAAGUUUGACGACAGCAGGGAGCUGCCCGGCUGGCUGUACGGCCUGCGCAGCCUGGAGGAGCUCUACCUCACGGGCUCGCUGAGCUCCGACGUCUCCAAGAACGUGGUGCUGGAGUCGCUGCGCGAGCUCAAGUGUCUGAAGGCGCUGACGCUGAAGAGCAACCUGGCCAAGAUCCCCCAGUCCAUCGUGGACGUGUCCAGCCACCUGCUGCGGCUGUACCUGUACAACGACGGCACGCGGCUGGUCAUGCUCAACAACCUGAAGAAGAUGGUCAACCUCACGGAGCUGGAGUUGGUGCGCUGUGACCUGGAGCGCAUUCCCCACGCCAUCUUUAGCCUGUCCAACCUGCAGGGGCUGGACCUGAAGGAGAACAACCUGCGCAGCGUCGAGGAGAUCGUCAGCUUCCAGCACCUGCGCAAGCUCACCUGCCUGAAGCUGUGGUACAACAGCAUCACGUACAUCCCCGAGCACAUCAAGAAGCUGGGCAGCCUGGAGCGCCUCUACUUCAGCCACAACAAGAUCGAGGUGCUGCCCUCGCACCUCUUCCUGUGCAACAAGCUGCGCUGCCUGGACCUGUCCAACAACGACAUCCGCUUCAUUCCCCCGGAGAUCGGCGUGCUCCAGAGCCUGCUCUACUUCUCCGUCAACUGCAACAAGAUUGAGAACCUCCCCGACGAGCUCUUCUUCUGCAAGAAGCUGAAGACGCUGAAGCUGGGCAACAACGCGCUGUCCCUGCUCUCUCCCAAGGUGGCCUACCUGGCGCUGCUCGCGCACCUGGAGCUGAAGGGGAACCACUUCGAGGCGCUGCCCGCCGAGCUGGGCGGCUGUCGCGCGCUGAAGCGCAGCGGGCUGCAGGUGGAGGACACGCUGUUCGAGACCCUGCCCUCCGAGGUCCGGGCCCAGAUGAAGACGGAGUGAGCCGGCGUGCCUUACGCCCCCUGACCCCAAGUGCCGGCUCCCCCGUCCGUGGGUCUGUCCGUCUCCCGGAGGUCAUACUUAGUACCCUGCUGCGUGUGAGUAUGACCGGAGCCAUACCAUGAGUUAUGUUGUGCUACGAUGUCAUUCUAUGACGUCCUGCUCCAUAUCAGUGUUGUGUCAUACGACUAGUGUGACGUCCUACUAUGACUAAUAUAACAUGCUUUAUAUUAGCGUGAUGUUAUGUGACAUAUGGCUAUUUGUCAGUGUGAUGUCAUACCAUGUAUCGGUGAUGCCAUGCUAUGACGUCAUCCUAUGACAUGAGGCUUUAUAUCAGUAUUAUGACAUACUGCUCUUCAUCAGUGUGGUGCGGAAGAUGAACACUCUUGUUAUUUGGUGACUGCUGGGUUGACGAUGAGUUUGUAUUUCUGGAACCAGGCUGACAUGGAUCUAUGUUUCUAUGAUGGCUGAACCCUCAAGGAACCAGGACAGACUCCUGUAGUGACCAAACACACGCGCCCUGCUCCCUAACGAGCUGUUCCUAUCCGCUCCCUAACGAGCUGUUCCUACCCGCUCCCUAACGAGCUGUUCCUACCCGCUCCCUAACGAGCUGUUCCUACCCGCUCCUUAACGAGCUGUUCCUACCCACUCCCCAACGAGCUCUUCCUACCCACUCCUUAACGAGCUGUUCCUACCCGCUCCCUAACGAGCUCUUCCUACCCACUCCUUAACGAGCUGUUCCUACCCGCUCCCUAACGAGCUGUUCCUACCCACUCCUUAACGAGCUGUUCCUACCCGCUCCUUAACAAGCUUUUCCUACCCGCUCCUUAACGAGCUGUUCCUACCUGCUCCUUAAUGAGCUAUUCCUACCUGCUCCUUAACGAUCUGUUCCUACCUGCUCCUUAACGAGCUGUUCCUACCUGCUGCUUAACGAGCUAUUCCUUCAUCUAUCUGUAAUCACCUUUUGUCACUUUGGAUAAAACGUCUCACUAAAGUUAAGAAGCUCAUGGCAGAUUUGAUGCUUUGAGACGACAACAGACAUGAACAGCACUGAGGAGAUCAGCACAAGGACGCCUGCUGCUCGCUGUACAGGACCUACGUAGGCAGGAGUAAAGAUUGUUUGGGUUGUUGUAAAGUUUCUUUGUUAACCAUCCUAUAAACAGAACCACGUAGGCCUUGUCCUUUAAGUAAGAGAAAGCUUCCCUUAAAGUAGCUUGAGACGUGAGAAACGUAAGGUCCAGUCAGAGACGAUCAGGGUAACUCAUAACGUACCUCAUGAUGCUAGCGGUGUGUGUGGGAUUCAGCUAGCGUUUCCUACCAUUCGCGACAGUGUCAUGGAAAUGUUGUUCUGUUCUAGGAAGCUAAUAUUUAUGGCGCUAGCCAUCCAAAGGGAAUGUUAUGCUGUUAUUAUGCAAUUAUCAUUUGGUUCAUGAAUUAUACACACACGCGCCUGAACUUGAGGAAAAUGUAUUUUUAUAAGCAAUUUUGUCAUGUUAGAUAAUAAAAAAAAUUGUUGGUUUAAUUAUA